AAAGCAACCCUUUUGGAUGCUGCCGUUAAACAUUUAGCAAAAAGAACACACCAAAACACGGUACAAUACGGCGUUAUUGAGCGUUUAAAAUGAUUAAAGUAUAUUUUGCGACGCAAAUACUGCUCAAGACAGCGUAAAAUAUGGCGUUUGGAUAUAAACGCGAUAAAUCAAGAGAGCAACUUUGACCCCUUUGUGUUGCCAUACAAAACGAGUUGUCUCUCCUGCUUUCCGUCUGACGUUUGGAGCUGACGUGUGUUUUGCUUGCAGUGUGGCCUGACACAGCGCAGCUGUUUUCAGUGUCCAUUCACUUAACGGUAAAGGUUGAAUUAGAUUGUUAAAUUAUUUACUUAUUCAACAAAACGUGCACUCGAACUACUUAAGUUAUGGCAGCCGAUUGGGAGGAAAUCAGGCGACUAGCUGCAGACUUUCAAAGAGCUCAGUUUGCAGAUACUGUUCAAAGGUUGUCUGAAAGAAAUUGCAUCGAGAUAGUGGCCAAGCUCGUGGAGGACAAGAGGCUAGAUGUGGUUCACACUUUGGAUGGUAAAGAGUAUGUGACUCCUAUGCAGAUCAGCCGAGAAAUGCGCGAUGAACUGUACAUGAAUGGAGGGAGGAUUAAUGUUGUGGAUCUUCAAAAGAUUAUCAGUGUUGAUUUGGUCCAUGUGGAGAGCAGAGCAAGUGAAAUAGCCAAAUCUGACAGAAGCACACAACUUAUACUGGGACAACUGAUCGAUGAAACCUACUUGGAUCGCCUUGCUGAAGAGGUGAAUGAUAAAUUACAGGAAGCUGGACAGUUGAACAUUGCAGAGCUUUGCAAAUUGUAUGAUCUACCUGGAGAAUUUCUUAUUGAGGAGCUGAAUACAAGGCUGGGUAAAAUGAUCCAAGGACAAAUUGAUCAGUACAACAGAGGAGUGAUCUUUACCGAAGGUUUCCUCUCCAGACACAAAGCUCGCAUAUGUGGACUUUUCAGUGCCAUCACAAGGCCUACGCAGAUUAGCAGUUUGAUCAGUCUGUUUGGGUUUCAGGAGAACCUGUUGUACUCUGUGCUUGAAGAACUAGUCAACCGAGGGCGUUUGAAGGGCUCAGUGGUUGGAGGAAGACAGGAUAAAGCAAUUUAUGUUCCUGACAUCUACUCCAAAACCCAGAGCACAUGGGUUGAGUCAUUUCUUAAACAGAACGGCUAUUUGGAGUUUGAGGCACUGACGCGUUUAAAGAUUCCUGAUCCGAUCGGAUACAUAAAGAAGCGUUUUAAGUCUAACAAGUUGCUAUUUCUCAAAUCUGCAUGUGUUGGCAAAGCAAUUGUAGAUCAAUUGGAGGCUUCAAUUGAAGAAGCCGUUAACUCAGACACCUGGCUAGAUCUACAGCCAUCGUUGCCAAGCAGUCUGUCGGAGGAAGAUGUAGGAAUCCUCUUAAAUGAGGUGGUGAGGGCCAUGAACAUGCAGUCCAAGGCGAGGCUCCUCUCCACUUUCGUAGUCAGUGAGAGCUUCAUAACUAAAUGCCUCAGUUUAUUUGAUGACGUCAUGCAUCAGAAAGCACAAAGGGAAGUAAUGAAUAAUCCUGUAUUUCUGAUCAUGGAAGAUGAUGUCAAACAGGCAAAUGUACUGCUGGACACCUCAACGUCUUCAAAGAAAGAAAAAAGAGAUGAGCGCAAAAAAAAGGCUUCAGAGGGCAGUGGGAGUGUGAAAGGAGGUGGCGGCGGGAAUGCCAGAGAGAUCAGAAUCCGCAAAACAAAAAAGAAGGGCAGGAAGGAGGAAGACAGUGAUGAAGAGACAGUGCAUCCUUCUCAAGGGCGAAAUAAGCCAGAGGUGCCUUUCCUAUCAUUGGAGGAGAUCAUAGAUGUGCUGGAGAAGAACGUGUGUGAGAGCUCUGAGGAGAUCCUUCAAGAACUUGCAGAGCAGUUAAUCAGGCCAUUGACAAAGACAUACCAGGAAGUUGUCCGUUCAGCUUUCAUGUCCUCUAGUUCAAGUGGAGCAGGUGGGAGUCGAAAGAAAAAUGUAAAGGACCUUCAGGAGGAGGUCUCUAACUUGUACAACAACAUCCGCCUGUUUGAGAAAGGAACUAAACUGUUCUCAGAUGAGAUUCAGUCCAACAUUGUCAGGCAUGCUUUGAAGACUGUGUGUACAGAUGUGACCAAUGUACUGCUGAACUUUGUGGCUGCUGAGCACAUUUCCUCAGAUAGCACAACUGUCAUCACCAGUGAGGUGAGACUUAAGGUGCUGGCAAAGCUCUCAGACGAGGUUAAAGCUCCUCUGAUGAAGCUACACAACAGUCUCAAUGGAAAAAGCUUUGAAGACUUCUUGUCAUGUUUGGAGACAGGUGCAGAAGAGUGUGGACUCCUUCUAAAGAAAGGCGAUAAGAAAAGAGAGCGACAGGCUCUCUUUGUCCACCGUCAGGCUUUAUUGGAGCAGCUGAGAGAGGCAGAAGACCCAGCACUUGUGCUACAUCUGACCAGCAUCUUGCUCUUUCAGAACACCACACACUGCAUGUUGCAUGCACCUGGACGCUGUGUGCCCCACAUUAUAAGCUUUCUGGAAAGCAAGAUUCCUGAGGAGCAGUACACACUGUUGUCUCAGUAUCAGAGUCUUGUGGUUAAGCAGCUGAUCGGACACGGUCAUGGCCAAGAGAAGAGUGAUCUGCAAGAGAAAUCCACAUCUGUGCACGGCGAGGAUGUCCUUGAGAGCCUUCAGAAGGAGCUCCACAGUCUCACCAGGGCCGUUAAAGACCUUGUCCUUACUCCGAGUAAACCAUCCAUCACAGAGUAAUACAGUCUAUUAAAACAAACAUGUAUAACCACAGAUAAUAAUGUCUUGUCACAUGAGAGCUGUAAUUUUAAAUGUGAAAUAAAUGACUGAAUCAGA